CUCCUACUACUCUACCCCAUUCCUCACCCAGAGCACUACAGCGCGCUUCUACCGCCUGCCCGACCUCCAGGACCUUCCCGACUCCUCCUCCCCACUAUGUUAGCCGCGUCAGAGUCCGGCAUCAUCUAUACACAUUUUGCAACUCCCUCGCUGGGCCUACACUGUCGUGUGCACACACCGUAGGCAACCCUUUCUACCAUUUGCCACUCUUACUUCAUUGGCCCUCAGCACGCUGGAGGCAACUAUGACACGCCGGCACACGGCCUACCCCAGCGCACCAUCCUAUUCGGAAUCACAUGCGCGCUUCUGGCUUGACUAUUUUACUCCUGAUACUUCACCACCAUCUCGCGUGGCUGAGGUAACCCCCCGGCAAAUGGAGGGACCCGACAGGUUUGGGAUAUUGGUCGCGCAGGGAAUGUAUGAUAGACAUGGGCUGGAGACAGAGUAUCUUGCGCAAAUAUCGGGAGAAGAGGGUCCCGAUGGAAAUAGCCAGUCGGAGCAGGUGAUAUGGUGUGGGUGGCCGGAUGGAGGAAUUGGAGUGCAGGCGUGGUGGAGGGGGUGGGAGGGAGAGGUUGGGAGUGAGGAGGAGGUAGAGUUUCUAGCCGCUGUUGCAGUGGAGGAAACACUUGGAUUAGGGCUCCAAGGAAUUGAUAUCGAUGAGUUGGACUUGUCAAUCCGGUCGCAUAUACUACUAGCGGUCAUGCAUGCUACGGUGAAAGAUAGGCAGGAGAGGGAGCGGUUCUUGGGCGAGCUGGGAAGGCGGAUGGUGCAGGAGGGAUUGAUUGACAGGGAAAGGGCAGAAGGGUGGGUCAGAGAAGCCCUGGAGAUCAUGGAACCGUAUGUACGCGAAUGGCAGGGCGAGUGGCCUGGUGUAGAGGAGAGGGGGAAGAUGCUGUGGCGCAUCCUGGUGGAGAAUGCGCAGCUCUUUGCACGCUGGAGGGCGUCACCUGCGUCGAAGCAGUUUACUUUUGAACUGGGGUCGAGGGAGUGA